AUCUUAAAAAAAAGAUAAACUUGCCUGUUAAGGUUAUUUUUUCUGUUUAUCAUACUUUUUAUUUUUUUUCUAUAUUCUAUCAGAGUUUAUCUCUGUUUUAUGCAGCAAGUGUAAGCACAGGAGACUUUCCUAUGGGGAGAGCAUAGAAAUAUAAAUUAAAAUCUUUACCUUUAUAAGCAUUGAUUUCUAAUUAAUUGCAUUACAUUGCAAAAGUGUAUUGGCUUACCUUGAAGUAAAUGCUAUUAAAAUUUGUAAACAUAUUUUUAUGUUAUGAUUGAUGAUGGAAAUACAGGAAUCAUAUAGGGACUCAUUAGGUCUUUUAAAUAAUACUAGUAUAUUUAGUGAAAAUUUAGUGAGAGAAAUAGUAGAGAAUUGUUGCUCAGUACUAUCGGGCAAAACACAGAAUAGUGAAAGAAUUUUUUUAAAGAGUGACAUUGAAAUUCAAGAAGUGCAUGCUGCGUUGCUUUAUACUUUUGCAGAAUUUAUACGUAACAAUCAAACAAAAGAAGAUUAUUCCAUAUUUUUGAGGAAUCAGUGUAAUCUGAGAAAUGAUUUAGUAGAUGAAAUAGAACACUAUUAUGGUAAAUGGAAUGGCCUUAUUAGAAUUCAGCUAUUAAAUAUUGCUAACCACUUGCCUCAUGUCACAGAUUUGAAAUGGAAAAUUGAUCACGUCGUAAAGUCAAAUUCAGAAGAAACUUCUGCUGGUUUAUUAUAUAGAAUAACUUUAAACACAGAAACAUUUGAUGAACAUUUACAGAAGAUGGUGACUAAAGCUUUGGAAUUCUCCUGUACUAGUGAAGAACUUCAAGAUCUAGUUUAUAAGCUGAAAGAAUCUGUAAGACACUUGCAAAAAUUGAGAGCAGAUAAUUGAUUGUAACCAUUUAUGAAGAUAUUGAUUAUUUUUUCAUUUAAUGUGAGCAAUAAGAUAUGCAAAGCUAUGCCUUGUU